AUGUCCUCCUUCGGCGACUUCGCCCCGCUCUGCACACACACGCCCUCCUAUCCCUGGUGCAACCUCUUCUACACCCAAAUCAGCCGACACAACGCCUCCGUCUUCUCCGGCUCCUCCUCCUCUGCGUCCUCCGCCCCUGUCGGCAUCAACCCCGUCUGUGGUAUCCUCAGGACGGGGACGGGACAGAGUUUGGGGAAUGUGGCGCAGGUGGUGGCGUGUGCGCUUAGCUUGGUGUUUAUGGUUUGGUUGAUAUGGGCGACGGGGAGGAGGAAGGCUGCUGUCGGCCGAAUCGAACUCCGAACGUUCUUCAUCCUCUACUUCCUCACCCUCCCCUUCAACCUCCUCACCUCCUCCUCCCUCCUCGAACAAGGCUCCUCCGCCCUCACGGUACUUACGGCGAUACAUGCCGGCUUGGUGGCUGCGUUGUUUUGGACGUUGUUGGGCAAUGCGAUCGUUGCGACGCAGGUCGUGGAGGAUGGGACGAUGAGCAGUAUGGUGCCCUUCUCAUUCCUCACCCUCGCCCUCUUCAUAAUCACGACCUACAUCGCCCUCGACACCGCCUUUUCUUUCACCUCCACGUUCGGACCUUCCAGUCCACUUGCGAGCGAGAACUCGGUGACGCUGUUUGUGUUGACGAGUGUUUGGCCUGCUGCCGCGACCCUCCUCUACUUCAUCCUCAUGGCCUACAUCGUCCUCGGCAUCCUGCGCGAACUCCGACCGCUAUGGUAUUACCUGCUCUCCGGGAUCUUGUUCGUGCUCAGCCAGCUCGCGUGGUUUUUGUUGGGGAGGGUUGUUUGUUCGGGCUCGGGCGCGAAAGUGGACGGGUCGUUCAUCGCUACGGUGCUGGAAACCGCGGCGGUGUAUGUGCUUUAUCUGGCGUGGAAGAAUAUCACGGAAGAAUCCUGGGACGAAGAGGUGUAUUACCCGCGGUGA